CCCAUUUGCUCGUUGAGGUGUUGUUAUAUCCAUCAAAUCACCAUGGCAGACGCUCUAUCCGGACCUCUUGAUCGACAAACGAAAACCAAUGUAGAGAUGUCGGAAGACGACAAGAAAGUGAUGAAGAUUUGUUCGUUCAAGAAGAAGGCGAUGAACGCGUCGAACAAAUUCAAGAACUCGUUCAAGAAGAAGGUCCGGAGGAGCAGCAGCAGAGUGAUCUCGGCCCCCAUAGAAGAUGACAUCGACGCGGAGGAGCUUCAAUCUCUCGACGCUUUCCGUCAAGCCCUGAUUUUGGAUGAGCUCUUGCCCUCGAAACAUGACGAUCUCCACAUGAUGCUCAGAUUCUUAAGGGCAAGAAAGUUUGACAUUGAGAAAGCAAAGCAAAUGUGGGCUGACAUGAUCCAAUGGAGGAAAGAUUUCGGGGCUGACACAAUCAUAGAGGAUUUUGAGUUCAAAGAAAUCGACGAAGUCCUCAAGUAUUAUCCACAAGGAUAUCACGGCGUCGACAAGGAAGGAAGGCCGAUUUACAUAGAGAGAUUAGGCCAAAUCGACGCUAACAAACUCUUGCAAGUCACGACAAUGGACCGAUAUGUGAAAUACCACGUCAAAGAAUUCGAGAAAACGUUCAAGAUCAAGUUCCCGGCCUGCUCCGCCGCUGCCAAGAAGCACAUUGAUCAGAGCACGACUAUUCUUGACGUGCAAGGCGUGGGGCUUAAGAACUUCAGCAAAUCCGCGCGAGAUAUUCUUCAGCGUAUUCUCAAGACUGACAAUGACAAUUACCCCGAGACGCUAAACAAGAUGUACAUCAUCAAUGCGGGUUCGGGAUUCAGGCUCUUGUGGAACACGGUGAAGUCCUUUCUUGAUGCAAAGACCACAGCAAAAAUCCAUGUUCUUGGGAACAAGUACCAGAGCAAGCUGCUUGAAGCCAUCGAUGCAAAUGAAUUGCCUGAAUUCCUCGGAGGAACUUGCACUUGUUCAGACAAAGGUGGUUGUAUGCGUUCUGAUAAAGGUCCAUGGAAUGAUCCUGAUGUCCUUAAGAUGGACAAAAACCGUGAAGCCAAGUGCCUGACGAUUUCAGAAGACGAACACAAGUCUGUAGAACAAGGAAAAUAUUCGUCCCUUCCUGAACUUCCAGAGAGAAACAAGAACAAAACAGUCAGUGAAAUGUGCGAGAACCGUAUCAAACCGGUCGACAAGCCAAUGGAUAUGGCUUGGCCUGCAAAAUCUCAUCAAACCGAAAACUUUCCCGUCACCGGAGACCGUUACUUGCGGAAGGGGUCACCCAUGAAAGGAGACGGUUUCCUUGUGGGAGGGGUGAUCGCCUUUGUGAUGGGCAUUGUGGCAAUGGUUCGACUAUCCAAGGACAUGCCACGAAAACUCACGGAGGCCGCACUGUACGGAACAUCUGUUUAUUACGAGGAAUCGUCGGUAUCUAGGCAGAACCAGACUCAGUUCCCGGCCCCGGUCUCGAGCUCCGAGUUCAUCUUGAUGGUGAAACGAAUGGCGGAACUGGAAGAUAAAUGCAAAUUUCUCGACUCGAAACCGACAAAUGUUGUUGCAGAUGAGAAAGAUGAGAAACUUCAAGCUGCACUUAACCGCGUUCAGGCCCUUGAACAAGAGUUGUCCGAGACAAAGAAGGCUUUGGACGAAGCCCUAGCAAGCCAGAAGGAGAUUCUUGCGUACAUCGAGAAGAAAAAGAAGAAGAAGAAGAAGCUGUUUUUCGGGUUCUAAAUCUGCGAAAGACGGGACGAGAAGAUCAGAAGUGAGAGAAUUGUACUAAAGAUCCUUCAAGAAUCCAAGAACAAGUGCCGGUUUUUUGAUCGAACAAGAGAAAUUCAACUCCGAGAUCGAUUUGUUCACCGUCUUUUUGUAAAUUAAUUUCGAAAGUGAACCCGAUGUUGGCAGAUUUGGUGAGAGAGUGUGUGUUCGUGUUCGUGUUCGUGUGUGUGUGAUUUUACCAAUUCUUUUUUACCGUUUUCUGUGGAAAUUACCGUGACUUGAUACCGUUCAAGACAAUAUACAAGUUUG